AUGGCGAAGGAUGGUGCCGGGUUCUCCUGCGAAGCCGCACCAGCGGUGACACUCGAUGAACUCCAAGACGUCCAACGUUUCAAGGCGAUGAGGCCAGCGCUCUCGAUCAAGAAAGCGUUUGGAGGCACAUUCCCAUCAAACGAAGAAGAAGUUUACGUGUUCGCGGUCGCCCCCAAGUGGCGAUUGUUCUGCGUCGUUGUCGGAGGUAUUGGGCCUCCUUUCCCCGUCACAAUCCGCGAGGACGAGACUGUCGGCGAGCUCAAGGAAAAGAUCGCGAUCAAAACGAUGUAUCAAUUCCCAGCCUACAGCUUGGAACUCGUCAUGGCGAAGGAUGGUGCCGGGUUCUCCUGCGAAGCCGCACCAGCGGUGACACUCGAUGAACUCCAAGACGUCCAACGUUUCAAGGCGAUGAGGCCAGCGCUCUCGAUGAAGAAAGCGUUUGGAGGCACAUUCCCAUCAAACGAAGAAGAAGUUUACGUGUUCGCGGUCGCCCCCAAGUAUGCUGUACCAGCCCCAAAUCGGCAAUUGUUCUGCGUCGUUGUCGGAGGUACUGGGCCUCCUUUCCCCGUGACAAUCCGCGAGGACGAGACUGUCGGCGAGCUCAAGGAAAGGAUCGCGAUCAAAACGAUGUAUCAAUUCCCAGCCUACAGCGUGGAACUCGUCAUGGCGAAGGAUGGUGCCGGGUUCUACUGCGAAGCCGCACCAGCGGUGACACUCGGUGAACUCCAAGACGUUCAACGUUUCAAGGCGAUGGGGCCAGCGCUCUCGAUCAAGAAAGCGUUUGGAGGCACAAUCCCAUCAAACGAAGGAGAAGUCUACGUGUUCGCGGUCGCCCCCGACCAACCUGCCGCAAGCACCGCGGCGUCGCUUGUCGAGUACAAGAAACACAAGAGAAACGAAGACGAGAGCUCCAUGUCGAUUUCGAGGUUGUCGCUUCCGAAAAUCGCACAGUUGGGGUAUUCCACAAAAGGGUGGACGUUGCCGCCGGUGGACGGUGUCCCGCGGUGCAAGGACUACGUUGCGUAUAUGCUGCAGGACUUUGUGCCACUCAUGGUGUCCACCACGGUUCGCUUCGGCCUCAGCACCCCCGUGGGAGAAUCCCGACGCAGACUCACGGGGGCCCCCGACUUGUACGUCCUCCCAAGUGUUUGCGCUGACACAUGUGGCCGUACUGAAGUGGUGAUGGUGAUUGAGCUGAAAAAACAUGACACGCUGUCGGACGCUAACAUCGCUCAGACGGUGGGAUACUUGAUUGCAGCGCAUACCCUCUUCGAUAAGCAAGCAUAUCGACCUACUCCCGUCGGCGUGUUGACGAAUUUGCGGGACGAAUGGCAUCUUUUUUGGGUAGACCCGAACGGCGAAGUUUGUAUGAUGACUCGGGACAGCAACCUCCAGAAACUGACCCGCGAGACUGCUUGGCAGUACAUUCGAAAGCAUUGCGAAUACGUCAGCUCGGUCCUCCAACAAGAACUGGCGGCAGGGGCACCCGUCCUAGACGACCUACAAGCUCUGAAACUUUUUCCCGUGUUUGGGGAUACCAAUACCAUGGCGGGCCAGGCAAAGAAGUUUGCGCCCCUCGAGUAUGAAGACAACAUGGCGGAUGUGUUGGAAACCGAAGAAGAGGUCCUCCUCUAUCAGAUGUCGAAGCGACUGCAACGCACGACGGCCUUUGAUAUGCCGUAUGCGGCCAUGUACUCGUAG